AUGCUCUUUCUCGCUCGAAGAGCCGCUACCAGCGGGGCUGCGGCGGCGUCUAGGGGACUUUCGGGGUUCCGGUCUCGAUCAACAAGAAGCCUCCUGUCCACCCUUGCGAUUCUUGAGCAGAGGGAGGGUCAAUUGAACCAUGGAUCCUUGGGAGCCAUCACCGCUGCAAAGAAACUGGGCGGUCCUAUUCACGGCUUUGUGGCGGGAAGCAACAUUAAGGGGGUUGCCGAUGAAGCAGCCAAGGUUGAGGGUGUCGAGAAGAUCAUUGCAGUUGACAACGCCGCUUACGACAAGGGCCUGCCCGAGAACUUUGCGCCGCUCUUGAUUGAAAACAUCAAGAAGGGCGGAUACACUCACAUUAUUGCUGGACAUACUGCCUUUGGCAAGAACCUGAUGCCUCGCGUUGCGGCCCUGCUGGACUCGCAGCAGAUCUCCGACAUCACCUCCAUCGAGAAUGAGAACACGUUCGUUCGCCCCAUUUACGCUGGUAACGCCAUUGCGACCGUCGAAUCGUCCGAUGCGAUCAAGGUCGUCACAAUUCGAGCAACUGCCUUCCCGGCUGCAGAGGUCGCCAGUGGCUCAGCGGCCAUCGAGGACGGCGUCGAUCCCAAGUCCGAGUCUACUACCGAGUGGGUGUCGGAGGACCUCGCCAAGUCGGACAGGCCGGACCUCUCAACUGCGAGCAGAGUUGUGUCUGGCGGCAGAGGUCUCAAGUCAAAGGAGGAUUUUGACAAGGUCAUGCUCCCUCUGGCCGAUUCUCUGGGGGCCGCUGUCGGGGCUUCGAGAGCUGCCGUUGAUAGCGGAUAUGCCGACAACAGCCUUCAAGUCGGCCAAACUGGCAAGGUCGUUGCACCUCAGCUGUAUUUGGCCGUGGGCAUCUCUGGUGCCAUCCAGCACCUAGCGGGUAUGAAGGAUAGCAAGGUCAUUGCCGCUAUCAACAAGGAUGGAGACGCCCCCAUUUUCCAAAUCGCAGAUGUUGGUCUCGUCGGCGACUUGUUUGACAAGGUGCCUGAGUUGACGGAGAAGAUUAAGCAAUAG